GUUGUUUAGAAACAUGGAGAAGUCAUAGGCGCGCUGAAGCGUUGAAAACAGUCGUAAGCGCCCAGUCACAAGGACACGCGCUUGCCGAAUUGGCUGUUAGCUUCUGCACCGUUAUUGGAACGAUAGUUUCUUAAACAGUUAGCCGAUCUGUAGGGCAACACCUCUACCUUUCUAGAACCCCAGCAAGUUCCGACGCCUGUUAGCAGACAAGCGCUUUCAUGACCCGAACUCAGGUCCUAUGCUGUUUGUCUGUUUUAGAUAGCAUUAUCGAAGCGACGCUUAGUCGAGGCCCUCAGAAGCAUAGCACACUUGGUUCCGCCAUCCACAAUGCACCUGCCGCGUCGCUUUCAAGCAUCCUAUCUGUCAUUUGUGUCAUUUAUUUGCAGUGUGAAGGGGCCCUGCUGGACGUGCUCCGGUCCAGACAUGUCCAUGCGCAUGUCCCCCGCCAGCAGCGCCUAAGCGUUGUGUAGUUCAGCCGUUACAGCGAGCCUUACUGAAGCGGCGCUUAGGCUAAGCACACAGGUUUGACUGCAUAUGUCUGCGGUCCUUUGGGCUGAGCCAGCGAUCCAGGAUCUGCCGCAGCAUUCAGGUCGCGGUGAGGCCGCUCUUCUCAGUCUUGGCAGACUCGAACGGCGUCAGCUCAUGAACCGAAGGGUUGUGCUAGUGAGAGCAUGUGGAAUGGGCCUUUCAGCUAGAUGCCAUGAACCGAACUGCCCUCGUGUCUCAUUGCGCUCCAACUGCUUUAUACAGUAAGGUGUGUGUGGCUCCGGUGUGGCCCCUCCAAGUACGCACGCACGCGCUACACCCGCGGCCCUACACCGUCAACACCGCCACCAGCACCAUCACCGUCACCGCCCCGCCCGCGGCCCAGCACGGCAUGGCGCCCCGCGGCGAUUACGUGCUGUGGCUGCUUGGUGACGAGGUCGGAGAGUUCGGCAAGACCUACAGCCAGGGCCACUGGGUCACACUGAAGGAGGCCGUGGUGUGAGCAGCUGCGUAUGUACGGACCGUACCUCGAUAGAUGCUUGUUGCUGUUACAAGCAUUGCCAGACAAACCGCGGCAAUGUUGAUCCCAUUGCAAUGCGCCGUGGCUUGUGUGCGGCGGUAACCAUUGUGCCAUUGUUUGUCUUGACCUUUUUGUGAGUACCGUAGUUCCAUUAACCGUGGACGGAGGAACACUGCACACCUGCGGUAUUAGGUCCAUCCCCUGGUCCAUCCGUCCAUGGCUCCGCCCGCCCAGAAUCUGGCCCAGAAUGCCGAAAUGGCAACUGUAAAGCUGCUCUUAC